CAAAUUCGGAUUUCUAAAUUUCCUGAAACGCAAACAAAAUGUGCUAAAAAUUACAAAUUUUGUAGUUUUACGCAGUUAAUUCGAUGUUUUUUCUACAAAAAGUCGCAUAAAUCACUAUUUUACUACAUCAGAAAUAAAUUAAAACACAUUAUUGUUAGAUUUUAAUUGUCACUGUUUCGAGGUUAUGUUAUUGUGUCAUUGGUCCGAAAAAAGUGCAAGAAUCAUCCAAAAUAAGACUUUUUAAUGCACUUUUAUCGAAUUUGUGCAAAAUGUCGGGCCCCCAGCACCACUUUAUGCAAGGUUUAAACAAUUCGCAACAAGCCGCCCUCCGAAACCAAUUUGCGUCAACAAUGCAGAACCAAAUGGGCACAACCAUGCAAAACCAACUACCCGUCCACAUGCAGACAUCCAUGGGCAACCAAAUGACCAACCCCAUGAUAUCCCAAAUGGCCUCAACCUUGAACAACCCACCCAUGCAAGGAAACACCCAAAUUAUGGGCCAGUUAAACCAACAAUACACCAUCAACCCUGGUACCCAAAUCGCCCAACACCAACAGAUGCAACAAGGCUCGAUGGAAUUUUCAAACAAUUUGCAACACCACGCGAUGCAAGCCAAUCAGUCGCAAAUGGUGCAACAAGGGGGCACAGCAGCGCCAGCCCCGCAAAUCCAAGCACAGCAGCAGCAACAACAAUCAAAGGAAUUUAAUACAGCCUCCUUGUGUCGGAUUGGGCAAGAGACAGUUCAGGACAUUGUGAGUCGGACACAGGAGGUGUUCCAGACUUUGAAGACGAUACAGCCCCCCAAUGGCACCCCUCAGUCGUCCAACGCCAGUAAUGAGAAGAAGGCCAAGGUUCAGGAGCAGUUGCGCACCAUUAGAGUACUUUUCAAGAGAUUGAGGCUCAUUUACGAGAAGUGCAAUGAAAAUUGCCAACUCCAGGGCAUGGAAUACACGCACAUUGAAAGUCUGAUUCCUUUCAAAGACGAACAUGACCCAAAACACGACGAGAAGAAGAAUUCAGAGGCUUACAGACUGGCUUGUGAGGAGUGUAAGGAGGUCAUGGAGCAGGUGAUUUUGAAAAACAAACAACUGAAGGAUGUGAUUGACCACUUGAGGAGGAUUAUUUGGGAAAUUAACACAAUGUUAACAAUGAGACGGUCUUAAAUUAAUUUGUACUUAUUACGAAAAUAGAAACUUUUCUACCAAA